AUGCGUUCUGAAUCAUCACCACAUGGGCUUGAUGAAUUUUUAGCUGAGGUCCAGAGCUUGACAAAGGUGCAUCACAGGAAUCUGGUGUCUUCGAUUGGUUACUGCUGGGAGAAAGAUCAUUUGGCACUGUUCGGGAUGCUAAUACAGUAUCUUUUUGACAAAUUCCCAAAUUGGCAGAAGAUAGGUAGCCCGGCCAUUGGGGACCUUCAGGGUGAUAUUAUUUGCCCCUUAAUGGAAGGAACGGUGCCCAUGCCUGCUCAGUGGUGCACAUCUUCCAGACCCAAGAGAGUAUGGCUACUACAUAUCCAACCCUUCAGCCUCUAUUUCCCUGCUGCGAUAUACGUGUUCGAUUGCAGCAAACUCAAGGAUCAACGCAACCGGGGCAAGGGCCGAGUGCCGCUGCUGCCUGCAGUGGUCCUCACAAUGGUAAAGGCAGUUGGGCUUCCUAGCAAGGUUUAG